AACUCUGAAACUCUUCCAUCUGUGACCAGUCCCAACGCUCCUGUCACCGGCUACAAGCGUAUGGUCAUCCCCACCCAGCCUCCUCUGACGGCCACUAAGAAGUCAACUCCCAAGGCCGGGGCCCCAGGCGGAACGCUGCCCCGGCCCCAAGCGGAGAGCUCCUCCUCCGCUCCCCUCUCCUCUGCCUCCCCAGUGGCCAGGCCUCAGUUCCAGACGGCGCCCCAGCCAGUCCCGGCCUCCUACGCCACCGCCUCCACCCCCAGCCAGCCCACCUUCAACGUACAGGUACGCAAUCCUGGCUGCUAUCCAUACCCUGUCGUUGUGCCCCUGAGCAAGGACCUGCACUUAAAGGGAUACUUCAGGAUUUUGGCAAUAAUCCCCAGAGUCAGAUGAACUGGUGGAUACCAUUUUUAUGUCUCCGUGUCCAGUAUGAAGUAAGUUAGAGGUAGUUUCUCGAGCCAAUGCUAACUAGCGUUAGCUCAAUGACUGGAAGUCUAUGGGUAUCGGCUAGCAUGCUAGAUAAAGGGCCUCACUGCCAAAAUCCCGAAGUAUUACUUUAACCCCUAAAACUGCUCCAGGGGUGGUGCGCUGCAGCUGAUCAUUUCCUUCAACCUUUGUGUGUGUGCUUGCGGGGGUUGGGUAAAAAGACACAUUUCAGUUUUGAGUCCCAAAUGGCACCCUAUACCCAAUAUAGUGCACUGAUUUUCACCAAAGCCCUAUGGGGAAUAGGUUUCUAUUUGAGACACAACCAGUGUCUCUGUGACAGCUGACAAUGAAGUAAUGUUCUUCUUCUCCCCAGGUGAGGUCUGCCCAACCCGGUCCCCAGCACCAGUCCCCAGGACCCCCUCAGCAGUUUGCCCAACAGCCUAUCCAGAGCCUAACCCAGGUCCAGUACAUGUCUUCUUCUUCUGUUACAGAGAGGGAAAUUCCGCUCCUUGUCGGUGUUUAUGCUUUACUAUAGCCGGCUAGGAAACAGAUAGGGAGAUAGAAAUGGGAGGAGACAGAGGAGGAAGAGAAGAAUGGAAUGAACCCCGGUGUCCCAUGGGGAAGUAUAUGUGUUAGAGCUGUGAGUGUUAAACCAUUUGAGCACGUCUCUUCACAGCUCCAGUAUAUGGCCACUCAGCCACGAGGCCCGGACUUCGCCUACGGUCCCCCUCAGCCAGGCUUCGCCCCACAAGGUGCCUACUCACCCGGACUUUUCACACAACAUUAACACACACUGUCCAUUUGCAAAUCUACCAUGUUCCAUUUCACGACAUGUUAUCUGAAAUUACUUGACAACCUGUGUCCAAUACGUUUUAAAUGUAUUUAGGAACUAGUAAAAUGCACCAAACUAGCUUUUCCGGUGUUUGUUAAAACGAAGACUAGUAGAAAGCAUUUUUUAUUUUAACAAUCUAAUUUGUGCUACAAUGUCAUGCGUUAUCGGUGUAAGUAUUGUAUAUGUCAACACAUGUUUUAACACGUACAUGACAUUUCUGGUAGGGUACCCAGAGCAGGCCUACCCUGGAGCAGGAGGGUACGGGGGAGUACCAGGGAACACCUGGAGGCCAGAGCCUAGCUACCUCCCUGCUCCUACCCAGCAGGGCUACCCACAACCUGUCCCUAAGAAGACCUACAUCACAGACCCUCCUGCCAGCCUGGUUCCUCCUGCACACCUCGCCCCACAGAAGGUAAGAACUGUGCCCUGUGGCUUUAUACACUGGGAUGGAAAUGUUAGGCUGUGAGUUAUACUAGCAGGUGUAAAGUUCGGGUCCAUGUUGCCUGAGGCCAAAUUUGAGGGAUAUUUAUUACAGACACAUGACCCUCGGGUUGAAAAUAACACGCACGUUACAUCAAUAAGGCCUCCUCACAGAGACACCUUCUACAUGUUCUCCCAGGUCCGUAACACAGGAGACCUGAAGCCCCACCACAUAGCACCCAAACAUAUCCAUUUCCCCUAUGUCAGGUGCAGCUCAUCACCUGUGAUCAGAGAUAGAGGGAACAAAGAGAGAAUAACAUGAUGGUACAACAAAAUGACAUCACAUCCUCUCAUUCAUACAUCUACUGAAGGGUAACAGAUAACGUGUACGAAGGUGUCUCUGUGAGGAGGCCUUAUUGAUGUAACAUGUAUGAAGGUGUCUCUGUGAGGAGGCCUUAUUGAUGUAACAUGUAGAAGGUGUCUCUGUGAGGAGGCCUUAUUGAUGUAACGUGUAGAAGGUGUCUCUGUGAGGAGGCCUUAUUGAUGUAACAUGUAGAAGGUGUCUCUAUGAGGAGGCCUUAUUGAUGUAACGUGUAGAAGGUGUCUCUGUGAGGAGGCCUUAUUGAUGUAACAUGUAGAAGGUGUCUCUAUGAGGAGGCCUUAUUGAUGUAACGUGUAGAAGGUGUCUCUGUGAGGAGGCCUUAUUGAUGUAACAUGUAGAAGGUGUCUCUGUGAGGAGGCCUUAUUGAUGUAACGUGUAUGAAGGUGUCUCUGUGAGGAGGCCUUAUUGAUGUAACAUGUAGAAGGUGUCUCUGUGAGGAGGCCUUAUUGAUGUAACAUGUAGAAGGUGUCUCUGUGAGGAGGCCUUAUUGAUGUAACAUGUAGAAGGUGUCUCUGUGAGGAGGCCUUAUUGAUGUAACGUUAGAAGGUGUCUCUGUGAGGAGGCUUUAUUGAUGUAAACAUGUAGAAGGUUGUUCUCUGGUGAGGAGGCCUUAUUGAUGUAACAUGUAGAAGGUGUCUCUGUGAGGAGGCCUUAUUGAUGUAACGUGUAGAAGGUGUCUCUGUGAGGAGGCCUUAUUGAUUUGUAACGUGUAAUGUGAAGGUGUCUCUGUGAGGAGGCCUUAUUGAUGUAACAUGUAAAGGUGUCUCUGUGAGAGGGCCUUAUGAGUAUAACAUGUAUGAAGGGGUCUCUGUGAGGAGGCCUUAUUGAUGUAACAUGUAGAAGGUGUCUCUGUGAGGAGGCCUUAUUGAUGUAACAUGUAUGAAGGUGUCUCUGUGAGGAGGCCUUAUUGAUGUAACAUGUACGAAGGUGUCUCUGUGAGGAGGCCUUAUUGAUGUAACAUGUAGAGGUGUCUCUGUGAGGAGGCCUUAUUGAUGUAACAUGUAGAAGGUGUCUCUGUGAGGAGGCCUUAUUGAUGUAACAGUGUAGAAGGUGUCUCUGUGAGGAGGCCUUAUUGAUGUAACAUGUAUGAAGGUGUCUCUGUGAGGAGGCCUUAUUGAUGUAACGUGUACGAAGGUGUCUCUGUGAGGAGGCCUUAUUGAUGUAACAUGUAGAAGGUGUCUCUGUGAGGAGGCCUUAAUUGAUGUAACAUGUAGAAGGUGUCUCUGUGAGGAGGCCUUAUUGAUGUAACGUGUAGAAGGUGUCUCUGUGAGGAGGCCUUAUUGAUGUAACGUGUAGAAGGUGUCUCUGUGAGGAGGCCUUAUUGAUGUAACAUGUAGAAGGUGUCUCUGUGAGGAGGCCUUAUUGAUGUAACAUGUACGAAGGUGUCUCUGUGAGGAGGCCUUAUUGAUGUAACAUGUGAAUGGUGUCUCUGUUGAGGAGCCUUAUUGAUGUAACAUGUAUGAAGGUGUCUCUGUGAGGAGGCCUUAUGAUGUAACAUGCGAAGGUGGCUCUGUGAGGAGGCCUUAUGAUGUAACAUGUAGAAGGUUUCUAUGUGAGGAGGCCUUAUUGAUGUAACGUGUACGAAGGUGUCUCUGUGAGGAGGCCUUAUUGAUGUAACAUGUAGAAGGUGUCUCUGUGAGAGGCCUUAUUGAGUAACAUGUAGAAGGUGUCUCUGUGAGGAGGCCUUUUGAUGAACUUUAGAAGGUGUCUCUGUGAGGAUGGCCUUAUUGAUGUAACAUGUAGAAGGUGUCUCUGUGAGGAGGCCUUAUUGAUGUAACAUGUAGAAGGUGUCUCUGUGAGGAGGCCUUAUUGAUGUAACAUGUAUGAAGGUGUCUCUGUGAGGAGGCCUUAUUGAUGUAACAUGUAGAAGGUGUCUCUGUGAGGAGGCCUUAUUGAUGUAACAUGUAGAAGGUGUCUCUGUGAGGAGGCCUUAUUGAUGUAACUGUAGAAGGUGUCUCUGUGAGGAGGCCUUAUUGAUGUAACAUGUAGAAGGUGUCUCUGUGAGGAGGCCUUAUGAUUAACAUGUAGAAGGUGUCUCUGUGAGGAGGCCUUAUUGAUGUAACGUGUAUGAAGGUGUCUCUGUGAGGAGGCCUUAUUGAUGUAACUGUAGAAGGGGUCUCUGUGAGGAGGCCUUAUUGAUGUAAAAUGUAGAAGGUGUCUCUGUAGGAGGGCCUUAUUGAUGAACAUGUAGAAGGUGUCUCUGUGAGGAGGCCUUUAUUGAUGUAACAUGUACGAAGGUGUCUCUGUGAGGAGGCCUUAUUGAUGUAACAUGUAGAAGGUGCUCUGUGAGGAGGCCUUAUUGAUGUAACAUGUAUGAAGGUGUCUCUGUGAGGAGGCCCUUAUUGAUGUAACAUGUAGAAGGUGGUCUCUGUGAGGAGGCUUAUUGAUGUAACAUGUAGAAGGUGUCUCUGUGAGGAGGCCUUAUUGAUGUAACUGUAGAAGGUGUCUCUGUGAGGAGGCCUUAUUGAUGUAACAUGUAGAAGGUGUCUCUGUGAGGAGGCCUUAUUGAUGUAACAUGUAGAAGGUGUCUCUGUGAGGAGGCCUUAUUGAUGUAACAUGUAGAAGGUGUCUCUGUGAGGAGGCCUUAUUGAUGUAACAUGUAGAAGGUGUCUCUGUGAGGAGGCCUAUUGAUUUAACAUGUAGAAGGUGUCUCUGUGGGGAGGCCUUAUUGAUGUAACAAUGUAUGAAGGUGUCUCUGUGAGGAGGCCUUAUGAUGUAACAUGUAGAAGCGGUUGUCUCUGUGAGGAGGGCCUUAUUGAAUGUAAAACAUGUAGAAGGUGUCUCUGUGAGGAGGCCUUAUUGAUGUAACAUGUAGAAGGUGUCUCUGUGAGGAGCCUUAUUGAUGUACAUGUAGAAGGUGUCUCUGUGAGGAGGCCUUAUUGAUGUAACAUGUAGAAGGUGUCUCUGUGAGGAGGCCUUAUUGAUGUAACGUGUACGUAAGGUGUCUCUGUGAGGGCAGGCCGGUUAUUGAUGUAAAACAUGGUAGGAUCGGGUGGUCCAUCUGUUGAGGCGGCGGUAUAUUGAUGUACCAUGUUGAAGGUGUCUCUGUGAGGCGGCCUUAUUGGAUGUAAACAUGUAUGAAGGUGGCUCUGUGAGGAGGCCAUUUAUUGAUGUAACAUGUAUGAGGUUGUCUCGUUGAGGAGGCCCUUAUUGGAUGUAAAAUGUAGAAUGGUGUCUCUGUGAGGAGGCCUUAUUGAUGUAACAUGUAGAAGGUGUCUCUGUGAGGAGGCCUUAUUGAUGUAACAGUGUAGAAGGUGUCUCUGUGAGGAGGCCUUAUUGAUGUAACAUGUAGAAGGGGGUCUCUGUGAGGAGGCCUUAUUGAUGUAACAUGUAGAAGGUGUCUCUGUGAGGAGGCCUUAUUGAUGUAACAUGUAGAAGGUGUCUCGUGAGGAGGCCUUAUUGAUUUGUAACAUGUAUGAAGGGUGUCUCGUGAGGAGGCCCUUAUUGAUUGUAACAUGUAGAAGGUUGGUCUCUGUGAGGAGCCUUAUUGAUGUAACAGUGUAGAAGGUGUCUCUGUGAGGAGGCCUAUUGAGAACAUGUAGAAGGUGUCUCUGUGAGAGGCCUUAUUGAUGUAACUGUAGAAGGUGUCUCUGUGAGGAGGCCUAUUGAUUGUAACAUGUAGACAGGUGUCUCUGUGAGGAGGCCUUAUUGAUUGUAACAUGUAGAAGGUGUCUCUGUGAGGAGGCCUUAUUGAUUGUAACAUGUAGAAGGUGGCUCUGUGAGGAGGCUUAUUGAUGUAACAUGUAGAAGGUGUCUGUGAGGAGGCCUUAUUGAUGUAACUGUAGAAGGGUUCUGUGAGGAGGCCUUAUUGAGUACAUUGAGGUGUCUUGUGGGAGGCCUUAUUGAGACUUAGAAGUGUGUCCUGUGAGGAGGCCUUAUGAUUGUAAACUGUAGAAGGUGUCUCUGUGAGGAGGCUUAUGAUGUAAAUGUAGAAGGUGUCUCUGUGAGGAGGCCUUAUUGAUGUAACGUGUAGAAGGUGUCUCUGUGAGGAGGCCUUAUUGAUGUAACUGGUAAAGGUGUCUGUGAGGGGGCCUUAUUGAUGUAACGUAGAAGGUGCUCGUGGGAGGCUUAUUAUGUAAAUGUAUGAAGGUGUCCGUGAGGAGGCUCUAUUGAUUACCAUGUGAAGGUGGUCUGUGUGAGGAGGCCUUAUUGAUGUAACAUAAGGUGUCUCUGUAGGAGGCUUAUUGAUGUAACUUAGAAGGUGUCCCCUGUGAGGAGGCCUUAUUGUUGUAACAUGUAGAAGUUGUCUCUGUGAGGAGGCCUUAUUGAUGUAACAUGUAGAAGGUGUCUCUGUGAGGAGGCUUAUGAUGUAACAUGUUGAAGGUUCUCUGUGAGAGGCUUAUUGAUGUACAUGUAGAAGGUGUCUCUGUGAGGAGGCCUUAUUGAUGUACCUUCAGUAGUUGUAUGAAGGAGAGUAUGUGAUGUCAUUUAUUAUCUGUAAAUUGAAUAAAUGUGGAUUAUGACACUGUCCCGCAUCAUAAAGGAUAAACACAUCCAUACUUCCACUUUUUCAUACUCAGCUCUCCCUUAGACAGAGAUGGCAGGCACCCCGUGAAGGCCUCCCUUCACAUCCCCCACCCCGUCAGCCGUCUAGGAGCCUUGGGGGACCAGAUAAAUCAUCUGCCACUGUGUUGGAGGUGCCCGGCCUCAAACUUAACGUAGUGCACUAUGUAGGGAAUAGGGUGCCAUUUGGGACGUAACCUCAACUUCACUCAGAAUAUAGUUAUACCUAAGAGACAGCUAUUGUAGUCUCAACACACACACACACACACACACACACACACACACACACACACACACACACACACAGCUGUCGACAAUCUCUGGAAAGUACUAGGGCCCCCCUUGAGUUUCCUUUAAUUCAAGAAUUUUAUGCUACUUCCACAAAUACAAAACAGCUCCACCAAAGAUCAGCCUUUGGGAAUUACUCAUCAAGGACUGUAUUUUACUAAAUACGAAUUAGAUACCACAUUCAUUGCAGCAAGCAUCUUUAUGUAUUCAAAUGAAAAAAUAACUAAUUAAUGUAUGUUCAAUACAAGCAUCUUUAUGUAUUAAUAGAAUAAUAUUUUUUUUUUUUUUUUAAUUCAAAACAAAAGUCUACAUAUUGCUUGAGAAGGCUGCUCGGUUUUCCCAGUAUGGUGCAUUAUGAAUACAAAAGGUUCAGUUUAAUAGAUUUAGAUGAAAGCAGAUAUCACUACUAUAUCGUCCCUCUUGAUAAUGAUUAUUCGCUCUAGAAAAAACAGCAAGAAUAGAAAUUCAACAUCUAAAAGAAUACACUACCAGUCAAAAGUUUGGUCACACCUACUCAUUCAAGGCUUUUCUUUAUUUUUUUACUAUUUUUUACAUGUUUAAAUUGUUUAAUAAUAUUGAAGACAUCAAACUAUGAAAUAACACAUAUGGAAUCAUGUAGUAACCAAAAAAGUGUUAAACAAAUCAAAUUAUAUUUUAUAUUUGAGAUUCUUCAAAGUAGCCACCCUUUGUCUUGAUGACAGCUUUGCACACUCUUGGCAUUCUCUCAACCAACUUCAUGAGGUAGUCACCUGGAAUGCAUUUCAAUUAACAGGUGUGCCUUGUGAAAAGUUAAUUUGUGGAAUUUCUUUCCUUCUUAAUGCGUUUGAGCCAAUCAGUUGUGUUGUGACAAGGUAUACAGAAGAUAGCCCUAUUUGGUAAAAGACCAAGUCCAUAUUAUGGCAAGAACAGCUCAAAGAAGCAAAGAGAAACGACAGUCCAUCAUUACUUUUAAGACAUGAAGGUCAGUCAAUACGGAAAAUGUAAAUAACUUUGAAAGUUUCUUCAAGUGCAGUCGCAAAAACCAUCAAGCACAAUGAUGAAACUGGCACUCAUGAGGACCGCCACAUGAAUGGAAGACCCAUAGUUAUGUUCAUUAGAGUUACCAGGCUCAGAAAUUGCAGCCCAAAUAAAUGCUUCACAGAGUUCAAGUCACAGACACAUCUCAACAUCAACUGUUUAGAGGAGACUGUGUGAAUCAGGCCUUCAUGGUCGAAUUGCUGCAAAGAAACCACUACGAAAGACACCAAUAAUAAGAAGAGACUUGCUUGGGCCAAGAAACACGAGCAAUGGACAUUAGACCGGUGGAAAUCUGUCCUUUGGUCUGAUGAGUUUGCUUACUACAUGAUUCCAUAUGUGUUAUUUCAUAGUUUUGAUGUCUUCACUAUUAUUCUACAAUGUAGAAAAUAGUAAAACUUUUGACUGGUACUGUACAUACACACUUCAAACACACACACACACACACACACACACACACACACACACACCACACACACACACACACACACACACACACACACACACACACACACACACACACACACACACACACACACACACACACACUCACACACACACAGCUCCAACUAGGAUGUAAAACCAAAAGACAAUGAGAGACUUAGUGGUGACACAUCUUCCUCUUGAUCCUCCCUCCUCUCCUCCCUCGCCAAACGUCCCCUCGCAAAAAAAACCCAUCAUUAUUAGUCUAAACAGUUUCCACCCUUUUAGCUUCGUCUAAUCUGUAUUUAUGUUUAUUUUCCGCUGCAAUAGCUAGCAACGCUUUCACUCCCCAAUGAAGCCAAAAUAACACAGAAAUACAAAAGCCAGAUUAGUGUGAAAGCAAAAUCUGUCAUUUUCGUCUUUAUCAAUCUGGUCGACACCAUGACUUCAAUCUGGUUUGACCCCAUGUCAUGACAUUUCCAGAACCUUCACCAAAACCAUACAGUGCUGCUAAGUGUUCUUACCAGAGAGUGGGCCGGGUCAAUGUUCAUCUGUAAAUAAAACCCAAAUAUUAGACCAUUUAUAGAUGGGUUCAAUCACAUAUAAUGUAUUACAAUUAUAAAACCUUUAUAUUAUCGCACCAGUUAUUCAUCAUUUUUAUUUCAAUUCACACCGAUUUAAUUACAGUAUUACAGAGAUCCAGUGUUUCCUCUUGGGGAAAAUAUCAUGUUUUUAUGGAGAAGGAUUAGGCUCAGUUCUGGUGACUUUUUAAAAGGACAGUUUACUCCAAAAUACAAUUAUGCUGACACCAUCUAAAAUAUAAUUUCCACCUCCAGAAAUGAGCCCAAUAACACAUUGGUAAAAUGAUUAGCAAUAAGAAUUAUGACCUGUAGACUUUCCUAUCUGCAUUCACCCUAUUGGGCUAAUAAUUAGCUAGAUCCCAAAUGUGAUAUUUUAACUGGUUGGCAUCCUAUUGGUUAAUUUUAUGUCCCAAAAAAUGUGCAUUAAUACAGUAAAUAUAAUGUAGGUCUACCUGUUAGGGUAACUUGGGGUAAACCGCCAAACGGGGUAAAACGCUGUACUUCUCACAGAAACCACUUAAUGUCACCAUGUUCCCCCAACACUUUCUCUGGAUGCCACUACUCUUGCUCAAUUAAAAAUGUCAUCUGUCUCAUCACAAUUGAAGUCACUCCCAAAAAAUGACGGUUGCGUUUUACCCCCCAAGUUACCCUUAUAAUUGACCCAUGUUACAUUUAACCUCAGUCUCCCCCUAUUGUAGAAAAAAAAACAUUCUGAAAUUUCAUGGCUGCUGGUUAAUGUAACAAUUUCCACCAGUCAACGCAGUCUUUUCUCUCUGUCUUUCCCUUAAAUUGGACUGAGGCUAAGCUGGAUGAUGGCUUGUGUUAGCGCUGAGCUUGACUGACAUUUGACAGUGAAGGGAGCGAUUAUGUUGAACUAACCCCACCUCCAGCUGGAAGAGGUCAACUGUGGUUUCAGCUGUCAAGCGCUCCAACGUUCACAUGUCUGUCUGACGUCGCUCUCUCUCUCUCCCUCUGUCUCUGUGUCUCUCACUUUCUCCCUCUCUCUCCCUCUCUGUCCUCUCUCUCUCUCACUGUCUUUCUCUCCCUCUGUCUCUCACUCUCAUUCUCCCUCACUCUCUCUCUCUCCUCUCUCUCUCUCGUCUCCCUCUCUCUCUCUCUCUCUCUCUCGCCCUCUCUCUCUCUCCCGCUCCCUCCUCUCUCUCCUCCCUCUCUAUCUCUCUCUCUCCUCUCUCUCUCUCUCUCCGCUCUCUCUCUAGCCUGGCUAUCUCUCUCCUAUAUCUUCCUCUCCUCUAUCUCUCUCCUCUCUCUAUAUCUCUCUCCAUCCCUCCCUCCCUCCCCCAUGGUCACUUGUGUUGAGACUUGACCUGCAGCAGAACAUUAUUUACAUACGAUCCUGUCAGCGCAUCCCCAAAAUUGACCCUUUUAUGUUUCUGGCCUGGUAUGAUCCUUCCUACCAUCAUGAAGAGCGUAGUUCAGAAUGAAUAUCAUAUUUAAUAGACUCUGUUUGUCACAGCUUACACUGCUGUUGAACUUUCAAAGGAUGGGGUUGACCUCAGUUCAAGUGUUCAUGGAAACUUUACAUUGUAAAGCACAUUUAUAAAUGGUGCAAUGAUGCGCUAAAGUACUGUGGGGGACGGGGACGGGGACGGGGACGGGGACGGGGACGGGGACGGGACGGGGACGACGCAUGGGGGGGGAAAGGAGGAGGAGUAA